UUUGGUUACCAACCGAAGGAUUGUCCGACGUUCAGUGGUAUUGAUAGAGCGGGUCAAGACGAUGGGGAAGUUGAGUUAUCUGAUAAUCCCACGACGAGCCAGAUCAGACCAGGACUGCCAGUAGGACGAACCGCCAUGGGAUCGCGAGGUGCUGCUUCAUCGGGCUCAGCACGAAGUCUGGCACUGCUUCCAAAACCACCAGGCGCUCUUGCUGUUUGUGCAGCCCCAUUGCGUACAGCUCCACAAGGGUACCUUGCGGCGGAGGCCCAGCCAGCUGGGCUCUCGGGAGCCGGACACCAUCGCCAGGGUCAGGAGCACGUUAGUGAGACGUACCACCGCUUCCGCGACGUGGCCAAUUGGAUCUGGGCUCUGAAGGGAGACUGGUCGUCCACGUUUCGGAGAAGCAUCACGGCAGGCGAGGCGGAGGACGCCGCAGCCGGUGGCGAGGCGAGCAACCCUCAGGAGGCGCCGCUGCAGCAGUUCUCGGCCGAGGGCGAGAAGCAGCAGGCGCUGCAGCUGGUGCGACGGCGCGUCAGGGUGCUGCUUGUCCUCAUGGGGCUGUUCUUGUGGCUCGUCUUCAAAGACGCCCGGCGGCGCUGGAGGGAGACGGAGGUGGAGAGCAUCUGGCUCAAAGCUUGCGAGGGCCUCAACGUGGUGCCACCGCCACCGCCGCCGCCGCUUGAGAAGCCCGGUGCCGCCGACCCCGCCGCCACGGGCGGCAUGAGCGGCAUGGGCGGCUACAUGGGCGGCUACGGCGGCUACGGCGGCAUGGGCGGCAUGGGCAGGCUCGGCGGCUACUACUAGCUGGCCGCCGGGCGCCGCCAGCGUCGACCAGCUGCAGGCUUCGCGCAGCCCGUCGCGGCCCCCUCCGCGGGGAGCGCCCGCCGCCGCCGCCGCCUCGGCGCGCGCGCAGCGGGGGUUCCGCCGCCGAGCACAGACGUGGGUGCCGCGCCCGCGCGAACAAGCGGGAUCCCUUGU